GGCGUGUGUCUUUAAAUGGCAAUCAACAAACAGAGCGGGAACGCGUACAGCUCCUUCUCUCUUCCUCUACAUAAGCGUCCUCUCCCUUUGCUGUUUGCAGACGCAGGCAUUCACUCCUCCUUCCUACUGCUCUCCCCCUCUCUAAUCACUUUGUGUCCCUUCUCGAGAUCUGCGUUUCCUCUUCCGGCUUUCAUCUCGAUUCUCGGCUUUCUCAAGUGCCAUGCAUCUGAUCGCUGCCUUUCCCUCUCAUGUAUGGGAUGCUACUGUGCCUCAUACAAAGGUACUUCUUAUUUGCCAAACGCGAUGACUGAAAUCGUGAUGGAUGCUGAAAUUGCUGUUGACAUGGCUCCCCCUAUUGAGGCUCCAACGAAGGUUCCCGUCUCUUUUCAUCCUGCCCCAUAUCCUCCCCUGAAUGAGAGGAUUCUCUCGUCCAUGACCAGGAGAUCUGUUGCUGCACACCCUUGGCAUGAUCUCGAAUCAGGACCUGGAGCUCCGAAAAUCUUCAACUGUGUUGUUGAAAUUGGGAAAGGAAGCAAGGUCAAGUAUGAGCUUGACAAAAAAACUGGACUUAUAAAGGUUGACCGUAUCCUUUACUCAUCAGUUGUGUACCCCCACAACUAUGGGUUUAUCCCACGCACUAUAUGUGAGGAUAGCGAUCCCUUGGACGUCUUGAUUAUCAUGCAGGAGCCUGUACUUCCAGGAUGCUUUCUGCGGGCCAAGGCUAUUGGUCUCAUGCCAAUGAUUGAUCAGGGGGAGAAAGACGACAAGAUCAUUGCCGUUUGUGCUGAUGAUCCUGAGUACCGUCACUACAAUGACAUCAAAGAUCUUCCCCCUCAUCGUUUAGCUGAAAUUCGUCGUUUCUUUGAAGACUACAAGAAGAAUGAGAACAAAGAAGUUGCAGUGAACGACUUUCUGCCUGCUUCGUCUGCCUUCGAAGCAAUCCAGCACUCCAUGGAUCUGUAUGCGGACUACAUCGUGGAGAGCCUGAGGCGGUAGUCGUUGAGCCGGUGGAUGCUCGUCCUGGAUUUUGUUUGAUCGCCCUACAUAUAUAUAUUGGGAAGAAAUUAUUCCUAAAGGCCACCUUUUUUUUUUUUUCCCCUAAUGAUUAUGACGAAAAAGAAAAUUUAGUCGCACGUAAAUUGCUCUGAAUUCAUGCAUAUUUUACACACAUUUCUGCUUGAUCUUCGCUGUUAAACUUAAUGACGUAUCCAGUUUAAUACCAAAGUCAGUUUUGUAUGUUAUUGCCCCAUUCGUUUUACCGAAAAAUUGCUGUGUAAAGUGUAUUUACAGUGACCGCUGGUCAA